UUACAUGGUGCAUGCUUAUCAGUUAUCACAAAGUGGCAGCGGUGGCCAGUGGCAGUCAAAUGUCAAUGACGGCCCGUCAUAAGUCAUAAGCACGGUUAUUAACAAGCAUAUUAUAAUAAGCAUGUUAACCAUCAUGGCUACUUGACCAUUCAUGCGACAUGGACUACACUUUUAUCGUGGUCAUAAUAUCAAUGUUUAAUGUGACAAAUUCAAUAAUUAAAAAUUAAAAUCAUGGUUGUUACUUACAAAUAAUUAUUACUUAUUACUUGUUACCUACUUAUUAGUUAUUAUUAUAAUUUUGUUUUAAAUAAAUCAUUGUAAACGCCUAACGAUAUUUAUAUUUAGUUAAUAUGGAGGGUUUUAAUUUAAAAAAUACUUUUUUCUCGUGUAUAACAAUUAUAGUAUUAAUAUUGUCUAUGCUCUUUUUCUAUGAACCCGCUCAAAACUUACUGUGUAGCUUCGCGAUUUUUGAACGAUUCUUAAUUAACACACCAAAAGUGUGUUCUCUUUUCGAUACAACGCGAUUAAGUCGAUAUAAAGGUGUUGAUGGAGGCAAAAUAUAUUUAUCCAUUCUGGGUAUUGUAUUUGACGUGACAGAGGGUAGAAGAUUCUAUGGACCUGGUGGUUCGUAUAGUGGAUUUUCCGGUCGUGAUGCCAGUCGUUCAUUUAUAACUGGCUUAUUUGAUGAAGAAAAUCUAACUGAUCAUGUCAGUGAUAUGAAUCCAAAUGAUUUAAUAGGACUGGAAACUUGGAUCAAUACUUAUAAGAAAAAAUACAAAGAAAUUGGAAAAUUAAUUGGACGUUAUUACGAUUCAUCUGGUAAAGAAACUGAUUACAGUAAAUUGGUGUUUGAAAAAAUACAAUCAAGUAAAAUGGCUAAAGUAGCUAAAAAUGAAGAAAUGGCACGAUAUCCAAGUUGUAAUAUAGAAUAUGUUCAAGAAAAUCAAAAAAGUAAAGUCUGGUGUACUAAAUUGAGUGGUGGCAUUCAAAGAAAUUGGAUUGGAGUACCUCGUAAAUUACAAUCAUUGGAUGAAAAUGGAAAGUUGUCUAUACGCUGUGCAUGUGUACAACUAGAUACCCUAAGUAAAGCUGAACUAAUGCAUAUCAAUGAGUAUGAGGAUUGUGAUGUUAACGCGACAACUUGUUAUGUAAAAAUUAGUUAACCUGACUUGAUCUACAAAUAUGCGUCAUUUCUUGUUUUUGUUAUGCCAUAUUGCUAUUGUAGUAUGAUUUAAAUGCAAAAUGUUCUCUCUGUGAUAAACUCCCAUAUAGUAUCAAAAUCGUUAACCCCAGUGAACAAUAGGAAAUGCUAUAUUAUACCGUUGAAUAAUAUAGUUUAGAAUAAGUUUAAUUAAUGUGCCUACAAACUAUACUAUGUACCAAUUAUGUUAUGAUGUUUACAAUUUUUAUACAAAAAUAUUCUUAAGAAAAAAUUACUCAAUGAUUUGUGUGUUGUUGUUUUAUAACACAUCUUGAUUAUAACUUAUAAAUUUUAAUAUUAUAAUAAUUAUUGUCUUAAAAAAUUUAAUAGUCAUACAAAUAAUGAUAAAUUAAUAUAGUUUUUUUUUUUAAAUUGUAUACAAAAUAUAAAAAAAAGCAUUGAACAUUAAACCAGGUGUUAAUUGUUAUAAUACAUUAUGUUUUGAGGCUUUAUAUUAUGAAAAUUAUUUACACAUAUUUAAUCUGUGCCUAAACUAUCAAAAAAAAUGGAAUUUAGUAACUUUUAAUUAAUAAUGUUUAUUAGUUAUUUUAACUAUAAUUAGCUUAUAAUAAUAAACGUAGCGCGCAACAUAAUAUUAAGUAAUACGUAUAUAGAUUAUAAUGAUGUUUUGCCAAGCCAAAUUAUGUUUAAGCUACCUUUUAUUUUAUAUAUUUUUAUUAGUUUUAAUUUGUAAAAAUUAGCACAAUAAGUUUAUAUGAUAAGAGUAGUAUAUAACAUAUUAACAUAAAAGCAAUGAUUAUAAAUAUUAGUAUUUAUAAUCAAUGAUAAAAGGUAUGAUUAAAGUAGCCAUUAGUGAGUACAUCAUCUAGUGGGAUAAUUUCCAUAUUAUAUUUUGUGUAAACAACUAAAUAUUAAUAAUAAUAUCCUAGUUCCUAGAUAUGAGUCUAGAUAAUAAUAUAGUAUGUCAUAUAAACACAUAUAAACAUGUUUUGACAUUUUGUCGAAAUUUACAAUAGUUGAUAAUUUGUUUUUAGAAAAAAAAUUGAACAAAAUUGAAUGCAUUUUAGAAUAUACUUAAUUAUAAAUUGUUAUAAAUAUUGGAAAAAAAUUCAUGGGGAGGGAUCUAUGCCCCCCCCCCCCGUUUGACCACCACUGUAUCUAACAAAUAAAUCAUUUUUUGAAAACUUA